AUGUUUCGCAAUAGGCAGCAGCAUACAACUCUCGCACAUUCUGAUCACUCGAGGAGCCAGCUGGUUAAAACGGCACGCAGCUUCAUCUACGAAAAGAACUAUGGUGUAGACAGCACAGCUGUCGAGUCGCUUUUGAAGCCUGAAUCAUGGGUACCAACCUCUAACACUUUUUUGGAUUGCCUCGGUUCUUUUGGAUUCAAUGUGUUUGUCGCGCUCGUGGUGGAUUUGCUACAUGAGUUUGAACUUGGAGUAUGGCGUAUACUUUUGAUACACCUGUUAAGAAUUCUUUGUGCAUUCAACAAGGACCUGAUCCAUGAGCUUGAUAAGAGGUACAGGCAGGUCCCCCCAUUUGGUUCAGCGACCAUCAGGAGAUUCUCUGCAAACACUUCCGAUAUGUCUAACUUGGCUGCUCGUAACUUCGAGGACCUUCUACAAUGUUCAAUCCCUGUUUUCGAUGGUCUGCUUCCAGAACAGCACAACAAAAUUCUUAUGGAUCUUCUUUUCAUCAUGGCCCACUGGCAUGGAUUGGCGAAACUUCACAUGCACUCUGACCUCACCCUAGAGAUUCUCGACCAACAGACAACGGAUCUUGGCGAACAAUUUCGUGAGUUUAAAGCGAAAGUUUGCUCUGCAUAUCAUACCCAAGAACUCGAUUGUGAAGUCGACGCACAAUCUCGUCGACAGGCCAAGGAUGCGGCCAAACGGGUAGAGACAGGCAAGGUGAAUAAUGUCGGGCAAGUGACUGCGGCUCCACAAUCUGAGCCAGGUGCCAUCGGUAAAGGAAAAGGAAAAGCGAGUCUGGAGCAGUCCCGGGACAUACCUGUGCCAAAGCAGCUGCAAAGGAAAAAGUUGUUUAAUUUUCAAACUUACAAGUUUCACGCGCUAGGAGAUUACGUGGCCUCCAUCCAUCAUUUUGGAACAAUGGAUUCGUACAGCACCAAACCAGGAGAACUAGAGCAUCAUACGUCAAAAGACAGAUAUCGUCAUACUGAUCGAAAGGCCUUCGUUCACCAGCUAACUCAGAUCGAGCAUCAUCAGACACGUUUGCGCCACAUCAAGCAACGGCAACAAGGAAAAGACUUUCGUACAGAAGUGAAUGAAAUGACGAACGACCCUGAAGUACAUCAUUAUAUUGGCCAAAGUGAGAAGAAUUAUGAUGAUAUUGGUCACUACCUCCGUAGCCACGUGCAUGACCCUGCUAUGAAGCACCCUUUCGUCGAUUUCAACGGCCCAGAAUGUUUUGUCCUCAGUGCUUAUCUGGCGCACAACUACCGCCAGGUCUCUCCGAUAUAUUGUCCAGAUUAUGUGUCGGUCAACAGUUUAGAUGGUGUUCUACCCGUAGUCGGCGCACUCGCAAUUCCUCACGUCGAUGAAACACUGUUUCAUACAAUAUACAAAAAGCAGUUUGGUGAUGGUGAUUUCCUUCGGGCUAUUGACGCCCAUUUUUGCCGGCCAAAUGGGGCAGGGAUGAUUACUCCAGUGUGGCAACUCAGCAAGUUAAAUGACAUCAUCCAAUUCAACCCGGCGCCAUUCCCAUAUGGCUUCCCGCCUCCCAUAGUGACCAAUGUGUCAUCUCUUCCCACCCACUUUCAACCAAACAACCAACUGACUUCUGUGUUUGUGCCUCCUGCCCUCCUAUCAGUUGGUGGGCCAGCUUGGCCUUGUGACUUUGAUUAUGGAUAUGAGCAGGAAGAUUAUACCAUAGCUUCGCUUGGUUACGCUGAAGAUUCGGUCAUCCCUCCACAAGACACAGAAAUGGAUGGCGGAUUAUUUGGGCAGCUCACUCCUACAAUCACAAGGGUGUUUCAUGACACUUUGAGAUGGACAGGCGUCGACAUUGCAAUUAAUAAUGACGACAGGUCGGCAAUCAAAGCCGCAAUGAACAGCACUUGUUGGAGAUGCCCAAUUUACUUAAUGAAGUAUUUUCUCUAUGGUACUUUCUGGCUUGGCUUGGGGAACCUGUUCACCACCACAAAGCAGGAACAACGUGUCAUACUCACCAAUAGCUUCUUGAGCGCAAUAGCUCAUGAUCAAACAAUGUUGCAAGAAUUGGUCAAUGAACCGGCAAUCUUACAGCGUGCAGUUGCACAUUUUCCCAGUGGAACGUCCAUCAGAUGGGACAUCAUUCAUUUGCUUUUUUCUGGUACCAUCAAGAAUAGACUGUCAGAUAUGCAUAAGGUAGUCCAGGGAUGCACCAGACUCGACAACUUCUCUGGUGGUGGUACAGUUCAAGAACAGGAGGCGAGGGUCAAAGCAUUAUUUGAUUCUUUUAACUCGAGUGACCAACAGGACAUCGAACGAGCUAUUGCUGAACUUGUGGAACUGUAUAUGUUCGGGGAACUCAUGUGGAUGUCAACAUUCCAAACCGUGAUCGGCUUGGCUGAGGGUACCCGCGAUGGCAGGGUUGCUGACCUUUUUCCUCAAGAAGUUUGA